CCCAUGGGCUAUUUCGAGCUGCAGCUGAGCGCGCUGCGGAACGUGAACGGGGAGCUGCUGAGCGGCGCCUGCUGUGACGGCGACGGCCGGACGACGCGCGCGGGGGGCUGCGGCCACGACGAGUGCGACACGUACGUGCGCGUGUGCCUGAAGGAGUACCAGGCCAAGGUGACGCCCACGGGGCCCUGCAGCUACGGCCACGGCGCCACGCCCGUACUGGGCGGCAACUCCUUCUACCUGCCGCCGGCGGGCGCUGCGGGGGACCGAGCGCGCGCGCGGGCCCGGGCUGGUGGUGACCCGGAGCCGGGGCUCGUCGUUAUCCCCUUCCAGUUCGCUUGGCCGCGCUCCUUCACCCUCAUCGUGGAGGCCUGGGACUGGGACAACGACACCACCCCCGAUGAGGAGCUGCUGAUCGAGCGGGUGUCCCACGCGGGCAUGAUCAACCCCGAGGACCGCUGGAAGAGCCUCCACUUCAGCGGCCAUGUGGCGCACCUGGAGCUGCAGAUCCGCGUGCGCUGCGAUGACAACUACUACAGUGCCACCUGCAACAAGUUCUGCCGGCCCCGCAACGACUUCUUUGGCCACUACACCUGUGACCAGUACGGCAACAAGGCCUGCAUGGACGGCUGGAUGGGCAAGGAGUGCAAGGAAGCCGUGUGCAAGCAAGGAUGUAACCUGCUCCACGGAGGAUGCGCAGUGCCUGGGGAGUGCAGGUGCAGCUACGGCUGGCAGGGGAGAUUCUGUGACGAGUGUGUCCCCUACCCUGGCUGUGUGCAUGGCAGCUGCGUGGAGCCCUGGCACUGUGACUGUGAGACCAACUGGGGUGGCCUGCUCUGUGAUAAAGACCUGAACUACUGUGGCAACCACCACCCCUGUGUCAACGGGGGCACCUGCAUCAACGCUGAGCCUGACCAGUACCACUGCGCCUGCCCUGAUGGCUACUCCGGCAAGAACUGCGAGCGGGCUGAGCACGCCUGUGCCUCCAACCCCUGUGCCAAUGGGGGCUCUUGCCAUGAGGUGCCAUCUGGCUUCGAGUGCCACUGCCCAUCAGGCUGGAGUGGGCCCACCUGUGCGCUGGACAUUGACGAGUGCGCCUCGAACCCUUGUGCAGCAGGCGGCACCUGUGUGGACCAGGUGGACGGCUUCGAGUGCAUCUGCCCUGAGCAGUGGGUGGGGGCCACCUGCCAGCUGGACGCCAACGAGUGUGAAGGGAAGCCGUGCCUUAAUGCUUUUUCUUGCAAAAACCUGAUUGGCGGCUAUUACUGUGAUUGCAUCCCGGGCUGGAAGGGCAUCAACUGCCACAUCAAUGUCAAUGACUGUCGUGGGCAGUGUCAGCACGGUGGCACCUGCAAGGACCUGGUGGACGGGUACCAGUGCCUGUGCCCCCGCGGCUUUGGAGGCCGGCACUGCGAGCUGGAGCGUGACGAGUGUGCCAGCAGCCCCUGCCGUGGGGGUGGCGUCUGCGAGGACCUGGUGGACGGCUUCCGCUGCCACUGUCCCAGGGGCUUGUCAGGGCUCUUCUGCGAGGUGGACGUGGACCUUUGCCAGCCAAGCCCCUGCCUGAAUGGUGCCCGCUGCUACAACCUGGAGGGCGACUACUACUGCGCCUGCCCUGAGGACUUUGGCGGCAAGAACUGCUCGGUGCCCAGGGCGCCCUGCCCUGGUGGAGGCUGCAGAGUAAUCGAUGGCUGCGGUUUGGAGGCAGGGUCCCGGGUGCCUGGCUCGAGGCCCUCCGGUGUGUGUGGCCCCCACGGGCACUGUGUCAGCCAGCCCGGGGGGAACUUCUCCUGUGUCUGCGACAGCGGCUUCACCGGCACCUACUGCCAUGAGAACAUUGACGACUGCCUGGGUCAGCCCUGCCGCAAUGGGGGCACCUGCAUCGACGAGGUGGACGCCUUCCGCUGCUUCUGCCCCAGCGGCUGGGAGGGCGAGCUGUGCGACACCAAUUCCAACGACUGCCUCCCCGACCCCUGCCACAGCCGCGGCCGCUGCCACGACCUUGUCAACGACUUCUACUGCGCCUGCGAUGGCGGCUGGAAGGGCAAGACCUGCCACUCGCGCGAGUUCCAGUGUGACGCCUACACCUGCAGCAACGGCGGCACCUGCUACGACAGCGGAGACACCUUCCGCUGCGCCUGUCCCCCGGGCUGGAAGGGCAGCACCUGCACCAUUGCUGAGAAUAGCAGCUGUUUGCCCAACCCCUGCCUGAACGGGGGCACCUGCGUGGGCAGCGGGGACUCCUUCUCCUGCAUCUGCCGGGAGGGCUGGGAAGGCCGCACCUGCACGCACAACACCAAUGACUGCAACCCUCUGCCCUGCUACAAUGGUGGCCUCUGUGUGGACGGGGUCAACUGGUUCCGCUGCGAGUGUGCACCUGGCUUCGCAGGCCCUGACUGCCGCAUCAACAUCGAUGAGUGCCAGUCCUCACCCUGUGCCUACGGGGCCACGUGUGUGGAUGAGAUCGAUGGGUAUCGCUGCAGCUGCCCACCUGGCCGAGCUGGCCCCCGAUGCCAGGAAGUGAUAGGGUUUGGGAGGUCCUGCUGGUCCCGGGGCACGCCGUUCCCACACGGGAGCUCCUGGCUGGAAGACUGCAACAGCUGCCGCUGCAUCGACGGGCACCGAGACUGCAGCAAGGUGUGGUGUGGGUGGAAGCCCUGUCUGCUGUCUGGCCAGCCUGCCGCCCUCAGUGCCCAGUGCCCACCCGGGCAGCAGUGCCGAGAGAAGGCCCCAGGCCAGUGCCUGCAGCCGCCCUGCGAGGCCUGGGGGGAGUGUGGUGCAGGGGAGCACCUGCCACCCAGCACACCCUGCCUGCCGCGCUCUGGCCACCUGGACAACAACUGUGCACGCCUCACACUACGCUUCGAUGGUGACCAGGUGCCCCGGGGCACCACCGUGGACGCCAUCUGCUCUGGGAUCCGCUCUCUGCCUGCCACAAGGGCAGUGGCCCAUGACCGCCUGCUCCUGCUGCUUUGUGACCGGGCCUCUUCAGGGGCCAGUGCAGUGGAGGUGGCCAUGUCCUUCAGCCCUGCGCGGGACCUGGCGGACAGCAGCCUGAUCCAGAGUGCAGCCCAUGCCCUUGUGGCUGCUAUCACACAGCGGGGCAAUAGUUCCCUGCUGCUGGCGGUCACCGAGGUUAAGGUGGAGACGGUUGUCAUGGGCGGCUCUUCCACAGGUCUGCUGGUGCCCGUGCUGUGCAGCGUGUUCAGUGUGCUGUGGCUAGCCUGUGUGGUCAUCUGUGUGUGGUGGACACGGAAACGCAGGAAAGAGCGGGAGAGGAGCCGGCUGCCCCGGGACGAGAGCGCCAACAACCAGUGGGCCCCACUCAACCCCAUCCGGAACCCCAUCGAGCGGCCGGGCGGGGGCCCAGGUGGAGGGAGCCACAAGGAUGUGCUAUACCAGUGCAAGAACUUCACGCCACCACGCAGGGCGGGAGAGGCGCUGCCCGGCCCCGCGGGCCUCGGGGGCGCUGGGGACGAGGAGGAGGACGAGGAGCUGGGCCGCGGAGAGGUGGACUCCCUGGAGGUGGAGAAGUUCCUCUCAAGUCAGUUCACCAAAGAGCCCAGCAGCUCGCUGGGGAGGCCUGCCCUCUGGGCCUCAGGCCCCAAAGUGGACAACCGCGCCGUCAGGAAUGUCACGGACGUGCCCUGUGCUGGCAAGGACUAGGCACAGCCGCCCGCUGGCCGGGACCUAGGAGCCCUCGCCGGGGCCCUGCCACCUGCCAGCCACGGGAGGCCGAGGCCAUGUGCAUAGUUUCUUUAUUUUGUGUAAAAAAAACCACCAAAAACAAAAAAAUGUUUAUUUUCUACAUUUCUUUAACCUUGUAUAAAUUAUUUGAUGACUGUCAGGCAGAGAACAGCGGAGUAUUCUCAGAUAGUUGCUAUUUUUGUAAAGUCUGCGUUGCGCGUGCUGUGUGGCAGGAGCGGGCGGCGUGUUCCCCGGGUGGCAUGGCCUUGGUCACCAGAGGCUGUGUGCUGUUUACAGAAUCUUCUUUUUUAUUCCUCACUUGGGUUUCUCUAUGGCUCCAGACCAAAGAGCCCAUGAGACCGUGGCUGUCAGCGUGGCCCCUGGCUAUCUAUCUGUGUGGCCUGUGGCUGUUGCUGGGACCCAUUGCUGACAGUGUGGCCUCGGCUAUCUGUAUGGUCCAUGGCUAUGUGGCCCCUGGCUCUCUGGGUGACUCAUGGCU